GGCUGGAAAGCAAUUAAGAAGAGUGUGGAAAGUGCGAGUGCGGACGCUCCGGACGCGAGGGGCGGGGCGUGCGCGGGACAAAGGAAAACGAGGCCGGAGCUACGGGCGCUUUUUCUGCCCGCGGUGUCUCAGAUUCAUUCUUAAGGAACUGAGAACUUAACCUUCCAAAAUGUCAAAAAGACCAUCUUAUGCCCCACCUCCCACCCCAGCUCCUGCAACACAAAUGCCCAGCACACCAGGGUUUGUGGGAUACAAUCCAUACAGUCAUCUCGCCUACAACAACUACAGGCUGGGAGGGAACCCGGGCACCAACAGCCGGGUCACGGCAUCCUCUGGUAUUACGAUUCCAAAACCCCCAAAGCCACCAGAUAAGCCGCUGAUGCCCUACAUGAGGUACAGCAGAAAGGUCUGGGACCAAGUAAAAGCUUCCAACCCCGACCUAAAGUUGUGGGAGAUUGGCAAGAUUAUUGGUGGCAUGUGGCGAGAUCUCACUGAUGAAGAAAAACAAGAAUAUUUAAACGAAUACGAAGCAGAAAAGAUAGAAUACAAUGAAUCUAUGAAGGCCUAUCAUAAUUCCCCCGCAUACCUUGCUUACAUAAAUGCAAAAAGUCGUGCAGAAGCUGCUUUAGAGGAAGAAAGUCGACAGAGACAGUCUCGCAUGGAGAAAGGAGAACCUUACAUGAGCAUUCAGCCUGCUGAAGAUCCAGAUGAUUAUGAUGAUGGCUUUUCAAUGAAGCAUACAGCCACCGCCCGUUUCCAGAGAAACCACCGCCUCAUCAGUGAAAUCCUUAGUGAGAGUGUGGUGCCAGACGUUCGGUCAGUUGUCACAACAGCUAGAAUGCAGGUCCUCAAACGACAGGUCCAGUCUUUAAUGGUUCAUCAGCGAAAACUAGAAGCAGAACUUCUUCAAAUAGAGGAGAGACACCAGGAAAAGAAGAGGAAAUUCCUGGAAAGCACAGAUUCAUUUAACAAUGAACUUAAAAGGUUGUGCGGUUUGAAAGUAGAAGUGGAUAUGGAAAAAAUUGCCGCCGAAAUUGCACAGGCGGAGGAACAGGCUCGCAAAAGGCAGGAGGAAAGAGAGAAAGAGGCAGCGGAGCAAGCCGAACGCAGUCAGAGCAGCAUGGUGCCUGAGGAAGAGCAAGCUGCCAGUAAGGCCGAGGACAAGAAGGAUGACGAGAGCGCCCCAAUGGACACAGAGGAGACACACCUUGAAGAAGCAACGGAGAGCCAACAGAAUGGUGAAGAAGGCACGUCUACUCCUGAGGACAAGGAGAGCGGGCAAGAGGGGGUGGACAGUACGGCUGAGGAAGGGACCAGUGAUAGUAACACUGGCUCAGAGAGCAACAGUGCCACCGUGGAGGAGCCGCCAGCAGACCCCACACCGGAAGACGAGAAGAAAGAAUAAAUGUUGCCUUGUUUUAUGUGUUCUAAAUACUUUUUUAAAUGAAAAAAAAUGUUUUUUGAGUUUUAAUGGUGUUAUGUGGUUUGUGUAUUAAUAUUUUUUCUUGUCCAUAUCACAUCACCAAAGGCUUUUGGACCAUUUAGCAUCAUGAGCCAAAUGGCACAGUCACCUAUCUUAAGCCGUUGUGAAGAUGAUUCUUUUCUUUGGGUCUUAUUUCUAGCCCUCGACUACUGAAAGCUUCAGAAUUUAAAUUAAAUGAGAAAACACCCACCUCUUUUAGAGAGUUAUCCUUCAAUGCUGCACAAUCCAACUCUUACAAAUGCCUUCCUAUAGCUCACUGGGGUGCUUCCCAAAGCCAUAGCUUUAAACCUCCUGGUCCCUGUCAACAGUCUCCUGAAAGUCCUCUUUCCUGUAGACUUCCACAAAGAGUAGCUUCUUGAAAAUGUAAUCCUGUAUGAGUAUGUGUUUGUUCACUUACCCUUUUUCAUUUUUAAUCAGUGUCAUAUACCAAGAGUUGUGUUAAGGAGUUGACUGCAACUAAGCUCGGGUAGUGUUGAUCCAGAAAUAGUUUCCAUAGGUAGAGUAGUUACCAGCUUCUGAAGUAGUCAUUAAAGUGAACAUGGCCACAUACACAUUAUAUAUACUGCUUUUUGUUAUGAUUAAUAUUGGGUGUGUUCUGAUAAAUUCCUCUUUAUUGUACAGAAAAUAAAUUACUUUUUUACCACGUUUUCCAAAGACAGAAUAGAUCACAAAGCUUAAGGAAUUGAAUAGUCUCGCAGUGGACUAGACAACUUCAAAACCGUCUGCCCAUUCCAGAAGGAAAACAGCUGGGGAUUAAGUUCAUCCACUUGAAAUUGUUCUAUAAUAAUCAAAACGUUCAAAACCUCAAGGCUCAGGAUCCCAUAGAUCAGAGUCUACCUUUUUGAUAAACUCUUAGUAUAAAAAUCUUGGAGACUAGAAGAAAGAUAGUUUGUGACACAUAUGCUUCCCAAAAACUAGAAUAGAUUUUUACUGAAUAGUGGUAUAUCUGAUGGUAUAUGUUUCUUAAAGGUCCAAAUGUAAUAAAUAAGUGGAAAAAACUG